AUGUAUCUCGACCGGAUGCUCCACGAACCAGAAAUGGGCCCCACAACAACCAUGAUGUUCGAGCGUCAGCCGUGUCGUUACGCGGCACCUGAGCAGACGGUUCAUUGCCCCGCGUCGGGUCCAUCGAGCCCGGUGUCGGUAGGUUCCGAAUCCAGCUGCUCGAGUCCAGAAGCAAAAGCGGCCGUGGAAACACGGGUGAGACGCCCGCUCAACGCGUUCAUCAUAUGGACCAAAGAGGAACGCAGACGCCUUGCGCAGCUGAACCCUGACCUGGAAAACACAGACCUCAGUAAAAUACUUGGUAAAACAUGGAAGGCCAUGUCCCUUGCAGAGAAGCGGCCCUACAUGCAAGAAGCAGAAAGGCUGCGAAUCCAGCACACCAUCGACUACCCAAACUACAAAUACAGGCCCCGCAGACGAAAGUGCAACAAACGUGGCAACAAGACGCCUCCGAGUGAGACCAGCACCUCUCCAAAUGACUCAUUUCACCUCAGCUAUAUGUUCCAAGGUCAAGCCCAACAGCAAGCGUCUGGUUAUCAGCACCCAUAUAACCAAUUCAACUCUUAUAAUCUCCCACACGGAGGAUUUGGCUUCACAAACCACCCUUCAGCAUUCCAGCAUGGGGCGAUGUCUUUAAACAGGGACGAGAUGUUUCAUGGUAGUCCAGCUUUAUUGAGUUCAUCCUCUGCACAUCUUCCUUCAUAUGGAUACUCGGAGUCACUGCGGUAUUCCCAGCAUUCCAUUCAGCAAAGAGGAAUGGACCUUUAUGAAUGGCGUGGAGUGGAGACGUGCACGUGUGUACUUUGUAUGGGUGGACCUUCUCUGGAGUUUUAUCUGGAACAGGUGAGAACGGACAUGUUGGACCAGCUCGAUCGCAGUGAAUUUGAUCAGUAUCUCAAUCCAACACAGCCUGAGGACCAGAAGUGA